UUUACGCUGAAAUACCGCCAAACCGGUUGCUUUACGAUUUUAUUUCUCGAAAGAGAGACUCGUUUCUCAGUCGAAAAGUCGCUGGGACAUUCUAAAUCUUAAUUUUCAUCUGUUCUCUCGGAAACGUCUCGCACAAAUUUUUCUGAAGCUAAAGAUGACCGAGAAAAAUCCGUCAGCUGAUAACAGUGCCACUUACAAGGCAGUUUCAACAACAGCAAUUUUAGCAUCCGAUGAAGACGAUCACCAAACAACAGUUGAAGUGAUCGAGACCGAGAAAGUACGACUCGGAUGGGACAAUAAAGUUCAAUUUCUUCUCUCUGCGAUCGGGUUUGCGGUUGGUUUGGGAAACGUUUGGAGGUUUCCAUGGCUUUGCCAGAAGAAUGGUGGAGGGGCUUUUCUGAUUCCCUACUUCGUCAUGCUGAUAUUCGAAGGAAUACCGAUCUUCUACUUGGAACUCAGUAUCGGUCAACGCCUUCGCCAGGGAGCUAUUAACGUCUGGAGCACAGUAUGUCCCUACCUCGGAGGUGUAGGGAUUGCAACAACAGUGGUUUGCAUACUGGUUGGCAGUUAUUACAACGUGGUCAUUGCUUGGGUGUUGUUUUACUUCGUCCAGUCGUUCCAGUCCCCUCUUCCGUGGGCAGAGUGUCCUCGAGUCGCAGGCCUUAACAGCACUGAGUUAACAAUGCCAACAGAAUGCUAUAAGAGCAGUCCAACCGCUUACUUCUAUCACAGGGAGACUUUGAUGCAUGCCAACAGAAUAGAGGAGAGUGCAGUGAUCAAUUGGAAGUUAGCCGUGGCUCUUGUAGUUGCUUGGGUGCUGGCCUACCUUUGCAUCAUCAAAAGCAUACAGUCAUCUGGCAAGGUGGUCUACUUUACAGCGACAUUUCCUUAUUUGGUCCUCCUCGCAUUCUUCAUCCGGGGUCUCUUUUUGAAAGGCUUUGAGAAGGGAAUAAUACAUUUGUUUACACCAAAGUGGGAUCGACUUCUGGACCCACUGGUAUGGCUGGACGCAGCUACACAAAUCUUCUUCUCUUUGGGCCUGGCUUUUGGCACUAUGGUUGCCUAUGCCAGUUACAAUCCUAUACAUCAAAACACACUGCGUGAUACCAUUACAAUUUCCGUCGCUAACUGCAUGACUUCCCUGUUCGCUGGGAUUGUUGUUUUCUCCAUUUUAGGAUUCAGAGCAACGUACAUGAUGGAAAACUGUGAAGCAAACAAUGCCAAACUCUUGGAGAGCUUCAACGCAACUCACCAGCUGAACACAACUGGAUUGUCCUCAAGCAAUAUCACAAGUGGAAUUGUGCUUCCAAAAUGCGAUCUGGAAACUUUCCUUACAGAUGCAGCCAGUGGUCCAGGACUGGUUUUCAUUGCAUUCACUGACGCCAUCAACCAAAUGCCUGGGGCAACCUUCUGGUCCCUCUUGUUCUUUCUCAUGCUUCUAACUCUUGGGUUGGACAGCUUGUUUGGAGCGUUGGAAAGUGUAACGACAGCCUUGCAAGACGUCAAAGGAUUUGGAAAACUGAGACGCGAAAUUCUAUCUGGGCUUCUGUGCAUCACCGGGCUCUGCAUCGGUCUUCCCAUGGUAACAUAUUCUGGUGAAUAUAUUCUCCAGAUGUUUGACAGUUUUGCAGGCAACCUUCCUCUGCUACUCAUUGCAAUCUGCGAGUGUGUCGGAGUUUGCUAUUUCUAUGGCAUAACAAGAUUUUCCGACGACAUAGAGUACAUGACGGGGAGUCGACCAAACAUCUUUUGGAAAAUCUGCUGGAUGCUCGUCACCCCAGUUGCCAUGUUGGUUAUCCUAAUCGCCAGCAUCGUUCUCAUGUCGCAAGGAAAAGCUUCCUACUAUGCCUGGAACAAGGAAAUGGCCACCUACGAGAAGGUGCCUUACCCAGGCUGGGCAGUCUUCAUUGCGGUCAUACUCAUUCUGAUGUCAGUUCUCUUCAUUCCUGGCGUGGCUAUCGCACGAUACUUUGGCAUAGUCAAGUACCAAAAGUUGAAACCUGUUCCAUUGAAGGAAGCUGAAGCGAAAUCUCUCAAUAACGACUUUGACGACACAAACGUUUAACUUAACUUUCAUCAAGCAACGGAGCCUCAUCACUGAUUAGGACCAUCUCUGGAACAUAAUGGUGUGGUAGUAUUUGCAUCCUAUCCUGGCUGUUCUCUGUACAUUUGCAAAGGUGCUGACAAGGAGAAUUUGGUUAACAGUCAAUAGUUGAUCGUUUCUUUUAUUCU